AACGAGACAAUAGUAAAGCAUGGCGUUCUCGUAUUGUAAAGUCUUCGGCAAAGAUAAGGUGAUCUUUGCCACCAAAGAGGAUCAUUCAACGCCCAGUACUGUUGAGUUGCCAGCACCAGAACCGCCUCAGGGUCUCAUCACAAAGGAUGGCAACAUUAAUUGGAGCUGCCCAUGCCUGGGUGGCAUGGCUACCGGACCAUGCGGUGUUGACUUUCGAGAAGCUUUCUCCUGUUUUCAUUAUAGCGAAGCGGAACCGAAAGGUUCCGAUUGCUAUGAGGCCUUCCGUAAGAUGCAGGAUUGUUUCCAGCAAUACCCCACUGUUUAUAAUAAGGCCAAUGGUGGAGAUGAUGACGACGAUGCUCUUGGUGAUGUUAUGAGUUCCGAUAGUAGCACCAAUAUCAAAGAUGUCGACGAAUUAACUGGAGGAGCUGGCGCUGCGGCAGCCGCAACAGCAACUGAUACACACACAACAACCACAAAUGCCGUGUCCAAAGUGGAAUAAAAUAAAUCAAUA